AUUGGACUUCCUGUAUUUCUAUUGGUGGAAGAGAGGGGACUGGGCUGGAACUAGAACCAGUAGCCGGAAGAGGGACAAAGAAAUGAUGCCCGUACCUAGCCCGCUUGCAGGCGGUUCUCGGUGUUUUUCCCCCUUCUCUCCCCCCUGCCCUGCUUCCGUUUUCGUGCUCGCCCCCAGGAACCACAAGAUGGCGCCCGAUCACCGAACUGAGCGGGUUUCCGCGAUGAUAACACCGAGUACCGCCUGCAAGCAGGCUAACCCGUACCAAGUCCCGUUCUUCCAUAAUCACGACACAGGAAGCCCGAAUCGAUAAAGCUAAAGAUUGCUAAAGUUAUUGGUACAUGCUCAUGUUAUUAUUUGUUUUGAAUAUCUUGAACUCUUAUCAUUUUCCAAAAUAUUGCUUCUACUGCAUCGUUUUACAAGAGGUACGAAAGUUGUCAUCGACACCUAUAAUCCAGUAUAGGUCAUUCUUGCUGACACUUAUUUCAGGCAUUGUGACGUCAUGCAUUCUACAGGACGUUUUGUAUUCUCUAUUGUGACGUCAUUUUUUCUUCAUUAUGAAGCCAUGUAUUCUUCAUUAUGAAGCCGUAUAUCCCCAAUGUAAUGUCAUAAAACUUCACCAUUGUGACGUCACAAUCAUUUGUUCGUGAUCCCCAUGUGCCAAGGAUGCAAAAGUUUAUGUUAUUAGUUUUGCUGGCUCUUUUACUGACGAGCACUGAAGUUGUAAGUCUGAAGUGCCACAAAUGUCCCCCUAGUGUGCACACCAGCGCCAGAGAGUGUUUAGCCGGCCCUCUUCAGCACUGCAAGUCACAUGAUACUGCCUGUUUCUUCGAAUACGAGAAACGCACGAUCCGGUUUGGCUGCGGGCGGGACUGGGCCAAACCCGCGGGAUGCUACGGGUUGAGUUGUAUCGAGUGGUGCAAAGAGGAUAAGUGCAAUGCCGCCCUGUUACGGUACAACGCUCCCUUUGACCUUGACCUCGAUGACGAGCCUGCCACAGGAAGCCCAUCUAUUAUGUCUUGGAGGAGCGCAGUCUUUAGCGAUGCCGCAAAGCCUGAUGGGUGCUGUAUGACGCUGACGAUGGCAAUCGCUGCAAUUUUUCUAUUUGCUGAUACUCUAUGAAUAUCUGUAAAGCAUCCAUUUUUCUUUUAGAGUGGAAUUGACACGAUGAGCCAGUGUUUCUUUAUCUAUUAUCAAUCUUGAAUGUCGUAGUAAACGUAAUAUCUGUAUUGAAUAAAUACAAAUUAAAAUA